AUGCAUUACCCAAAUAUUGAUAAUCCAUCAAAUUUGGCCAAGUUACCUCCUCGUGGUGGUAGUGAUCGAUCACAAUCAAAAAUUAGAAUAUCGAGAUCAUCCACAUCAAACCGAUCGUUACAUCGUACUUUAUCAAAUGAAUCUGUAUCUUCAUCGAUUACUCGUCGUUCAAAACAUCGAUCUUCUUCCGGACGGAGUCAUAAUCGAAGAAAAGUCGUAGCUGAUUCAAAUAUUCAUUCUAUCAAUGUUUUAUCAUCGUCUAACAAAUCCGAGAACAAUGUUCAAGGUAUUCAAAACUUGGAUCAAAAUGAUGAAAUGAUAACAAUAGAAUCUGGUACUGAUGUUCUCGAUCGUGAUUAUUAUCAAAAUCUAAAUUCUACAACUGAUUCUGUUCAGUCAAUUCAACCAUUUGAAGUUGAUAAAGUACUUCCACCGAAAAUUACAACAACUUUUUCAGGGAAAAAAAAGGCAGAGGACGUUUUGAAAUUCUUCGAGAUGCAAUCUUAUGGAACGUACAAAUGUUUAUUAUGUGUAGAUGAACAGAAGAUAAUACGACAGUACAAUCGAGGUACAGCAAACUUAAGAUCGCAUCUUCUUGUUCAUGGUAUGAACGAUUAUGCAUUCAAAUCACAAGAAAAUCAACGAAAUUCAGAAAAAAAUGUAACUUCUGUUGUUCCAUUAGGUCUGCAAAGAAAACAUGAAAUCGAUGAAGCUCUAUUACAAUGUAUUAUUGGAGCUGGUUUACCUUAUAAUAUGUUUAAUCAUAAAGCUGUUAUUCAAUUUCUUAAUGUUCUAGAACCGAGAUAUACACCACCUGAUAGACGUACUCUAUCAUCUCGUAUUAUCAGUGAAUAUAAUGAAUAUAUUAAUGAUCUUAAAAAUAUUCUGCCUCAUGUUGGACCAUUAGCAUUUGCAAGUGACAUUUGGAAAGAUAUUUCACGUCAUCAUAUGAUCUCUCUAUCUGUUCAUACAUUUACAUUUGAUUUCGAAUAUAUCUCGUUACCGAUAUCAUUUCAUAUUUUUCACGAACGGAAAUUAUCAGUUAAUAUACGAGGAUAUUUUGAACAUGAACGUGAUCGAUUUAACUUAAAUACGAGAAUUUUAGCAGGAAUAACGACUGAUAACGGUCCUAACAUAAAGUCGGCUGCAUCUUAUAAUAUAUUUGGCCCUCGCUUUGCGUGUUUGGCUCACUGCUUAAAUUUAACGGUGCAUCAUGCCUUAUGUUUAUGGGCAAAACCAGAUCCUAAGAAAUAUCCAUUUGAUUCAACUCAUCAUGAAAUAACUGAUUCUUUAAUUGAUGACGAAGAUGAUGAAUUGACAUCUGAUCUUCCAGAAAAUCUUUCAUCAAUUUCAUUGGGUGGUGAAGAUAGUGUAGCUGAUGAUAAUCAAAAUCUUACACAUCUCAAUCACACUUCAUCAUAUUCUGAUAAUCUUUCAUCUUCAUUAUUUGUUCAGGCGAAAGACUAUUUAGAUAUUGAACCAUCGGAGGAUAAUAGUCAAAUAGUAAAUCCUCGAAAUAAUGAAGAAAUAUAUAAAUUUCUUCUUCGUGUGUAUGCUCUUCUUAGUAAGGUACGUAUUUUUAUAUCAAUGGCUCGUGAAGUUGAUGCUCUUCAACGUCAUAUUCAUAACAAACUUGGUGAUAAUAAAGGUGGAUUUAUUCUCGAUGUUAAGGUAAGACACAGUUUUCACUUCAGUUUAAAUGCUAUUCAUGAAGCCGUUCGUCUCUAUUUCGUAUCACAUGUAUAUUUUAACAUAUGA